CUUCUCUUCAUGGAGCAGACACCCACCAUGACUGAAUCCCGCGGCCCUGUAGACCACGGAGUCCAGAUUCGCUUCAUCACAGAGCCAGACGGUGAUGCAGAGAUGGGCACCCUCCAUCGUGCUCGACGCCCCGCGAAGGAUGCCAGAGCCAGUACCUAUGGCGUGGCAGUGCGUGUGCAGGGCAUUGCUGGGCAGCCCUUUGUGGUGCUCAACAGUGGAGAGAAAGGUGGUGACUCCUUUGGGGUCCAAAUCAAGGGGCCCAACAACCGAGGGGCUCCAGGAGCUCUGAGCUCCCACUCAGAAAUCCCUGAGAACCCCUAUUCCCAGGCCAAGGAUUUUGCUGCCCCCUCUCAUGGCAGCAUGUCUGAUGAGGAACCUGGGGCCCACCAGAGUGGAAGGCUGCUCCGCUCCCAGUCCCACGCCUCACUGACAGACCCUGCUCCUCUGGGUCCGAGCAACAGGAGCACCAGCCUGCUGGAGCUGGCCCCUGAAGGGAGCACCAUUGACACUGCUCCCCUGUCGUCAGUGGACUCCCUCAUCAACAAGUUUGACAGUCGCCCUGGGGUCCAGACACGGGGCCGCACUGGCCGCCGCAUGCGGGCGCUGCCCCCGGAACAGCGUAAGCGGAGCCAGAGCCUGGACAACCGGCUCCCACGGGACACCCUGGAGGAACGGGAGCGCCGGUCCCCCAACCACUGGACCCCGACCACAAAGCAGGACCACCACGCAGGCAGCUCAAAGCAACCAUCCCAAAGCCAGAGUCCUUUCAGCAGUCUCAGCCGCUCCCAUCGGACCCAGGACUGGGUUCUUCAGAGCUUUGAGGAGCCGCAGGGGAGAGCACAGGACCCUGCCAUGCUGCAGUUCAAAUCAACUCCAGACCUCCUUCGCGACCAGCAGGAGGCAGCCCCGCCAGGCAGCGUGGACCAUGUGAAGGCCGCCAUCUACAGCAUCCUCAGGGAGGGAAGCUCAGAAAGUGAAACCUCAGUGAAGAGGAAGGUCAGUUUGGUGCUGGAACAGAUGCAGCCCCUGGCGGUGAGUGGCCUCUUGGUGACUUCUGGUUCUGCUAAGGCCCUGGCAGGGCAGGGUGAACUCACUCAGAAAGUGGCGGAGCUACAGCAAAAGUUGGAGGAAGAGGUGAAGAAGCGGCAGAAGCUGGAGCCAUUCCGGGCAGGGCUGGAGGAGCAGCUGGAGGAGAAGACAGAGGAGUGCAUCCGCCUGCAGGAGAUGCUGGAGAGGAAGAAGGGGGAAGCUCAGCAGAGCACCAAGGAGCUCCAGAACGUGAAGCUUCUCCUGGAUCAGAGUGAAAGGGUCCGGCGUGGGCUAGAGAUGCAAGUGAUGGAGCUACAGGACAAGCUGAAACAAGCCCAGGGGUCCGACUCUUCAAAGAAAGCACUUAUGAAGGACCUGUUAGAGAGUCGGGAGCUUCUGGAAGAAGUCUUAGAGGGGAAGCAGCGGAUAGAGGAGCAGUUGAGGCUGCGAGAGCGGGAGCUGACGGCCCUGAAGGGGGCCCUGAAGGAGGAGGUGGCCUCGCGGGACCAGGAGGUGGAGCAUGUCCGCCAGCAGUGCCAGCGAGACACAGAGCAGCUUCGCCGGAGCAUGCAAGAUGCGACCCAGGACCAAGCAGCUUUAGAGGCUGAGAGGCAGAAGAUGUCGGCCCUGGUGCGUGGGCUGCAGAGGGAGCUCGAGGAGACCUCAGAAGAGACAGGGCAUUGGCAGAAUAUGUUCCAGAAGAACAAGGAGGAGCUUAGAGCCACCAAGCAGGAACUUAUGCAACUGCGGAUGGAGAAGGAAGAGAUGGAAGAGGAGCUUGGGGAGAAGGUGGAGGUCUUGCAGAGGGAAUUAGGGCAGGCCCGAGCUGGGGCUGGAGAUGCUCGCCAGAUGGAGGAACUCAAGAAGGAGCUGCACCAAACACAGGAGGAGCUGAAGGAUGUGCAGGCAGAGCAGCAGAGCCAGGAGGUGGCUAGGCGACACCGGGAACGGGAGUUGGAGAAGCAGCUGAGGGCUGAGGCCGAUAGAGGCCGGGGCCUCGAACAGCAGAACGUCCAGCUGCAAAAAACUCUCCAGCAACUCAGACAAGAAUGUGAAGAGGCUUCCAAGGCUCAGCUGGCAGCAGAGGCAGAGGCUGCAGUGCUGGGGCAGAGGCGCACGGCAGUGGAAACGACGCUUCGGGAGACCCAGGAGGAAAAUGAUGAAUUCCGACGGCGCAUCCUGGGUCUGGAGCAGCAGCUGAAGGAGACGCGAGGGUUGGCGGAAGGAGGGGAAGUGGCGGAGGCCCGGCUUCGGGACAAGCUGCAGCGGCUGGAGGCAGAGAAACAGCAACUAGAGGAAGCCCUGAAUGCAUCUCAGGAAGAGGAGGGGAUGCUGGCAGCAGCAAAACGGGCACUAGAAGCGCGGCUGGAGGAGGCCCAGCGGGGGUUGGCCCGCCUAGGGCAGGAGCAGCAGGCUCUGAACCGGGCCUUGGAGGAGGAGGCCAAGCAGCGGGAGGUGCUCCGGAGAAGCAAGGCUGAGCUAGAGGAGCAGAAGCGCCUGCUGGACAGGACUGUGGACCGCCUGAACAAAGAGCUGGAGCAGAUUGGAGAGGACUCUAAGCAAGCCCUACAGCAGCUCCAGACCCAGUUGGAGGAUUACAAGGAAAAGGCCCGACGUGAGGUGGCAGACGCCCAGCGCCAGGCCAAGGAGUGGGCCAGUGAGGCUGAGAAGAACUCUGGGGGGCUGAGCCGGCUUCAAGAUGAGACCCAGAGGCUCCGGCAGGCACUGCAGGCAUCUCAGGCUGAUCGGGACACUGCCCAGCUGGACAAAGAGCUGCUGGCCCAACGAUUGCAGGGGCUGCAGCAAGAGGCAGAGAACAAAAAACGCUCCCAGGAUGACAGGACCCGGCAACUCAAGGGCCUUGAGGAAAAAGUCUCACGGCUGGAAGCGGAGUUGGAUGAGGAGAAGAACACUGUGGAGUUGCUGACAGCACGGAUGAAUCGUGGCCGGGACCAGAUGGACCAGCUAAGGUCAGAGCUCAUGCAGGAGAGGUCUGCUCGGCAGGAUCUGGAGUGUGAUAAGAUCUCCCUGGAGAGACAGAACAAGGAUUUGAAGAACCGGUUGGCCAGCUCAGAAGGUUUCCAGAAACCCAACGCCAGCCUCUCUCAGCUUGAAUCCCAGAAUCGGGAGUUGCAGGAGCGGCUGCAGUCUGAAGAGAGGGAGAAGACAGUUCUUCAGUCCACCAACCGAAAACUGGAGCGGAAAGUCAAAGAGCUGUCCAUCCAGAUUGAUGAUGAGCGACAGCAUGUUAAUGACCAGAAAGACCAGCUAAGCCUGAAGGUGAAGGCUUUGAAGCGGCAGAUGGAUGAAGCAGAAGAGGAAAUUGAGCGACUGGAUGGCCUAAGGAAGAAGGCCCAGCGCGAGCUGGAGGAGCAGCAUGAAGUCAAUGAGCAGCUCCAGGCCCGGAUCAAAGCCCUGGAGAAGGACUCCUGGCGCAAAGCUUCCCGCUCAGCUGCAGAGUCUGCCCUCCAACAUGAGGAACUGAGCUCAGAUGAGGAAUUCGAUGGUGUCUACGACCCUAAUUCCAUUGCCUCGCUGCUUACUGAAAGCAAUCUUCAGACCAGCUCCUGUUAGCUAAAGAUCCACAGGGACCCAGAAACCAGGAUCGAGGCCUAUCCUGAUCAGCCUCACUCUGUCCUGCCUAGUCUCAGAUUCCCCAUCCCUUUUGGGGAGCGGAGAGGGACGCCGCUGUUGGGACUUAAGACGGGGGAGGGAUGUGAGUGGUAGGGAUGAAAAAAGCAACAACACUAAGCUGGUUGACAGACUUUCCCUUACCGCUGGAGUAUUGGGUAUUUUAGGCCAACCGAGUCCUUAAGUGCUUAGCCCUCCGAUUGCUCCCUCUCAGGAGCAGGAUGCUCAGCAUGUAGGGGGCUUGAGCACAAUAGGAAGGAAGAGAAAUUGCCAUGUAUAUAAAGCUUUAUUUCAUUAGCCCUUAACGCCCAGGCUCAGGGAUAUACCUAUGUGAUUCUGCUCCCUUGACUCCUGCAAACCGCUUCCUUCCACUUGGGAGCAGGGUGAAGAGAAUCCUGUGAUGGACACGCUGGCGUGGCCCCAUGUACUUCUUAGAAGCACCUCUUUGCACAGCCGUGGCACCCAUGUGGUAGUCCUCGUCUCCCUCCAUUCCUUUUGUUUUCUUUCUACAAGCUAGUCGGUCCAAGGGAUCCUUUCUGCUUCUCUUCCUAUCUUCAUCAUUCUUACCUUUCUUUCCUCUCAGUGCCUUAGUCAAGGCAAGGAAAUAAGGACACUCUCCUUGCCUCUUACACCUGCACGUUCAUACCUCUCCAAGGACCAGUCUUUCCCUACCUGGGGCCCUCAGCCUUGCAUGCUGCCCCAGUGACCGACUGAAAUGAGAGCUGCUAGCUCUCUGCCAAUGAGCCCUUGGGAGAGGGACUCUGGUAGGGCCGUAAUACGGUGGUAGGGCCUGGUUCUGCUCAGGGUUUCCACUCUUCCCCUUUCCUUAUUUGACUAUAGAUGUGUUUUAUAAGGUGGCUGUACCUGGGAACCCUGACAAGUUUGAAAAGUAGAAGGUCACAGUCUUUGUGGUCUUCCUUGAGAUUUCUCUAACCAGAUGUGCCCAGCCUCAGUAGGGAACCAAAAGAACCUUAUUAUCUCAGGAGUUUGGACUUGAUACUUCCUGGCUGGGGCUAGAGCGUGACUCUCGGUAGAGAUGAGAAGAGCAGUGGAGGAUUUACUCUUUAUGUUUUAGGGUGAGCCAACCUUUGGUGGGGAGGAGAUAAGGGAGAUGAGUCACCUCUCAUUUCCUAAGCAGGUUCGAUGAAGAACCUGGGGAAAGAAGGCAGUUCUCACCAAUGACUUGUAAUAUCAUGAUUUUAGAAAAAAAUCAUCUUCUACAAAUGAGAU